AUGUGCAACCUACGGCUGUCAGUUUUCUUCAUUGCACUUUCUGUCACUCUGAGCUGUUUGGAAGCUAGACCUAUUGAAAAAUUACUGUCUACGGCUGAUGAUCUAUCUGACCGUACUUCCAAGAGACAAGGAUGGAUAUUGCCAGUAAUGUCACUGAAUACACUCUCAGGAUUAAAUGAGGAAAUGCCAGAACAACCAGCAGCAAAGCCAAAAAGAAGUCACCAUCUGGAGAAACGGAAAUGCAACACCGCUACGUGUGUGACACAGCGCUUGGCUGACUUCUUGGUUCGUUCUGGCAGCAACAUCGGAGCAAUUUAUUCACCUACAAAUGUGGGAUCCAAUACAUACGGAAAGAGGGACACAGUUGGGCUUUUAAACAGAGAACCCCAAAACAAUGCACAGCUUUAG